UCUUUCUUCGGAGCUCGCUAAAUGGCUUUAUCAGCUACAACCUUAUCAUCAUCAUCGUCGCUGCAAUUGAUCAAUGUCUCGCAUAGAUUCGUCUCUUCAACUCCUUUCUCUAUUGACUCCAUCAUCCUUCGCCGCAGAUUGAAACGGCCACUCGCUUCUCAGUCGCGUAGGAGAUACGACGAAUCGGAGGAUCGAUUCUUCUUCGACGGGUACGAAUACGAUGUCAUUUCAGAUGAUGAUGAUGAUGAGAGGGAGAGUAGUGUGGAUCUUCUGGUCAGAUUCUUAACGAGUAUGUUCAGAAAGGUCUCUAAGCGAGCUAAAAAGACCUCCCGCCGUAUUUUGCCUGCCGCCAUGUCUCCUCGACUCGUGUCGUUUGCAGUAGAUGGGAUAUUGCUAUUGGGUUCACUUUCCAUCACCAGAGCUUUUCUUGAGGUGAUAUGCAAUCUUGGAGGAACAGUCUUUACGGUGAUUCUGCUGAUUCGUUUGUUCUGGACAGGAGCUUCCUACUUCCAGAAUUACGGCAACUCCUUUGGACCAAACCCGUUCUAACUUAAAAAAAAAAACAUAUAUAGAGAGUUUCAGAUGUUGUUGUUAUUCAUCAUGCCCCCUAUAUGUGAAGGGAACAUGUGAGUUAGUUGUGUAAAUAUUCGCUGGGGAGUCAUCUAAUGAUCAAGAUUAAGAAACCAAAAAAAAAAAUUUCUAAAUAGUCAAUUGUACAUAGUAGGGAGAGUCAAUAGAAAAUAAUAGUCGACGGUGGGGUAAUAAAACUGCAAGUUGAAUUUUGCAUAUGACU